AUGGAGCUGCGCGGGGGGGCGGCGGGAGCGAGCACCGGACCCCGACCCCCCCCCGAGGACACCUCACCCGACCCCCCCCUGCCCCUGCUCUCUGAGGGGCUGCUGGGCUUGGAUGAAGGGGAGCAGGAGGACCCCCGUGAUUACUGCAAAGGUGGGUAUUACCCUGUGCGCAUUGGGGACCUCUUCAAUGGGCGCUACCAUGUGGUGCGGAAGUUGGGGUGGGGGCACUUCUCCACCGUGUGGCUCUGCUGGGACAUCCGGCGCAAGCGCUUCGUGGCGCUGAAGGUGGUGAAGAGCGCACCACAGUACACGGAGACAGCGCUGGAUGAGAUCAAACUGCUCAAGUGUGUCCGGGAUUCGGACCCCAGUGACCCGAAGCGGGAGAACAUCGUGCAGCUCAUUGAUGACUUCAGGAUCUCGGGGGUCAACGGUGUCCAUGUGUGCAUGGUGCUGGAGGUGCUGGGCCACCAGCUCCUGCGCUGGAUCAUCAAAUCCAACUACCAGGGGCUGCCGCUGCCAUGUGUCAAGAGCAUCAUCAGGCAGGUGCUGGAGGGCCUGGAUUACCUGCACACCAAGUGCAACAUCAUCCACACUGACAUCAAGCCCGAGAACGUCCUCCUGCAGGUGGGGGAGCCCUUCGUGAGGCAGCUGGCGGCCGAGGCAGCGCGAUGGGCCCGGGGGGGGGGCCCCCCCCAAAGCGCAGUGAGCUCCGCACCACAGGAUGGACCCGAGCGCCUGUCCCGUGCCCAGCGGCGGCGGCGGCGGCGGCAGCGGCGGCGGCAGAGCCACCGGCUGGAGCAGUGUCUGCAGGAGCUGCAGCGGCUGCAGGAGCCCCGAGCGCCGCCAGGGGGAGCCGAAGCGGCAGCCCCGGACCAAGAGGAGGGGGGGGGCAGCCCCCCCAGCGGCGCCUCCUCCUCGGGGGUGCACACGCUCCCCACCGGCGGCUCCAGCGACGGCCGCUCCGGGGGCUCCUGCACCUCGGGGGGGCUCCAGGUCCGGCGCCCCCCCAGCCCCAGCUCCGCCUCCGACUCCCUCCUCACCCCCACAUCCAGCUCCCUCAUCUCGGGGGGCUCGGGGGGGCCCCCCGCCCCCCUUGGUGGGGGGCUCCUGGGGGGGCAGGAGAACCCCCUGGACCCCCGUUGUGCCCCCCGGCUGCGCGUCAAGAUUGCUGACCUGGGCAACGGCUGCUGGGUGCACCACCACUUCACCGAGGACAUCCAGACGCGGCAGUACCGGGCGCUGGAGGUGCUGCUGGGGGCUGGAUAUGGGCCCCCCGCUGACAUCUGGAGCACUGCCUGCAUGGCCUUCGAGCUGGCCACGGGAGACUACCUGUUCGAGCCCCAUUCGGGGGAGGACUAUAGCAGGGACGAGGACCACAUUGCCCACGUGAUCGAGCUGCUGGGGGAGAUCCCGCGUCACGUGGCGCUGGGGGGGCGCUUCUCCCGCGAGUUCUUCAACCGGCGCGGGGAGCUGCGGCACAUCCGGCACCUGCGGCCGUGGGGGCUCCGGGCUGUGCUGCAGGAGAAGUACGAGUGGUCCCGGGGAGCGGCCGCUGCCUUCACCCGGUUCCUGCGGCCCAUGCUGGCCUUCGAGCCCGCCCGGCGCGCCACGGCCAACCAAUGCCUGCGCCACCCCUGGCUCCGCCCCUAGCGCCGCAGCCAAUAAACGUGCGGGAGGCA